AUGUCGGAAAACUACCGAGCCCAUGAGGCUCACAUCGAGCGAACACAGCGGGUUGCAACUCAAGUUCGCUCUUUCUAUGACCGAAAGGAACCAUUCAGGAUCUUCCACGGUAGCACAAGCAGCACACGAAGCCAGGAGAAAGAUCACAAGAAGAUGAUAUCCACCAGUGACUUCACCGAGAUAUUAAAGAUUGAUCCCGAGAAGCGGAUUGCAAUUGUGGAGCCAAAUGUCUCUAUGGAGAAGUUGGUCGAUGCCACAUUGCCAUAUGGACUUGUGGCUCCUGUCAUCAUGGAGUUCAAGAAUAUCACUGUUGGUGGUGGGUUCAGCGGGACUUCUGGUGAGAGCUCGUCUUUCAGACAUGGAGUCUUCGACAACAUUGUCAACAGCAUCGAAAUUGUGCUGGGAAAUGGAGAGAUUGUGCGUGCUUCCCGCUCCGAGAACUCAGAUCUAUACCAUGGUGCAGCAGGCUCUUUCGGAACUUUGGGUGUCGUGACCGAGAUCGAGGUUCAGCUAGUCGAGGCUGGCAACUUCAUGGAGCUCGAGUACACAGAGGUCACCAGUGCUGUAGGCGCAGUGGAGUGCAUCGAGUCCUACACGGCCGACGACAAGAUCCAAUAUCUGGACGGCAUCAUGUUCUCCAAGAACAGCGGUCUGAUCAUCGCAGGUCGCAUGGUCAACACGCCCACUGCAGGCUGCCCAAUCACAAAGUACCUCUCAAGAUCCGACCCCUGGUUCUACGUCCACGCCCAAGAAAUCCUCGAACACAGAAUCCACUCCUCAAACUCCCGUUCUGUAACAGAAGUGGUACCCAUCAAAGACUACCUUUUCCGCUUCGACAGAGGCGCCUUCUGGGGCGGCUACUACGCCUUCAAGUAUCACUUUGCCCCUUUCAACAAACUGACCCGCUACCUCCUCGACGACCUCAUCCACACAAAGACAAUGUACACCGCUCUCCACAAAUCAGGACUUGCAAACGAGUUUAUCGUCCAAGAUAUCGGUUUCCCCUACGCCACAACACCAGACUUUAUAGACUAUCUCGACGAAGAGCACAGCCUCUAUCCACUCUGGCUGUGUCCCUUGAAACUCAAUGCUCCCUAUCCACUCACACCAAAAGGAAAACACUACUCGCAAGAAAGCCUUAGAGUCAUCAACGUAGGAGUCUGGGGUCCUGGCCCUCGCAACCGCAACGACUUCAUUGCUGCAAACCGCGCCAUCGAGGCAAAAACCAAAGAACUCGAUGGCCUAAAAUGUCUAUACGCCCAUGCCUUCUACACAGCCCCAGAAUUCUGGGAUCUCUACGACAAAGAACACUAUGAUGCUUUACGUCAAAAGUACCAUGCAACUAUGCUUCCGUCGGUAUUCGACAAAGUGACCAAUAACGGGCCUCCGGAGGAAAACUCUGUGUUUGAGAGACUGAAGAACACCAGGCCGGUGAGGGGGAUUUAUGGCGCUUUGUGUGUGUUUUGGGGUGGGCAUUUGCCUUAUGCCAAGGUGCAUCAAGGAUUGAGCAUUGUGUUAUCGCCGUUGUUGCUGCUCAUGUUUGCGACUGCAUGGGUGGUGUCGUUUGGGAAGGAUUUGUUAGGACUGGAGGGCAGGGCAAAAGUGCAUGUUGAGUAA